GAGUCUAGUCUAGACGUAAACCAUACGCAAACGUACUAUGUAAUGUUUGUGGUAAAGUAAUUGUAAUUUUUUAAAAUAUUAUGUUAAGAGUAAUUAAGUUAAAAUAAAAAGUUCACAAAUGUAAAAAUGUUGUCAAGGAAUUUAAGUAAAUUUCUAAAAUAUUCAUUGUACGGUGGAGUCACUGUAGGAAGUGCGGUUGUAGCUUUAAAGUAUCAUGAUGCUGAUUACAAUUCUUUUGCAAUAGUUAGACUUACAAGGACCGCUUGUACAGCCGUUGAUAUUGGUAGGACUUACAAGUCUUUGCUGUAUAGUAGGGAAUGGGAUAAAAACUCUACAGAAUACUUGGAGGUUAAGAGUCAGGCUCAUCAAAUUGGGGCAGAGAAACUGCUUAAAUUAUGUAAAGCUAACAAAGGAGUCUACAUAAAGGUCGGUCAACACGUCGGUGCUCUUGACUACUUGCUUCCAAAUGAAUACGUGCAAACUAUGCGUAUUUUGCACAAAGAUGCACCAAGAAAUACAGUAGAAGAACUAUAUGAAGUCAUCAAAGAAGAUCUGAAAAAAGACCCAAAAGAAUUGUUCGAAGAAUUUGAUCCAGAACCAUUAGGAACAGCAUCACUUGCUCAAGUUCAUAGAGCGAAAUUAAAAGAUGGACCAGAAGUUGCAGUUAAGGUGCAACAUCAUUUUGUAAGAAAAAAUACAAAAAUUGACUUGAAAGCGAUGGAGUUCAUUAUUAAGACAAUGUCAAGAGUAUUCCCAGAUUUCCAAAUGCAAUGGCUUGUUGAGGAGACAAAGAAAAAUAUUGCAAAAGAAUUGGACUUCUUACAAGAGGGUAGAAAUGCAGAAAAGGUUGCUGAACUUUUUAAAAAUUAUUCAUGGCUGAAAGUACCAAAAAUAUUUUGGAAGUAUAGUACUGAGAGAGUAUUGGUAAUGGAGUAUGUUAUAGGUGGUCAGGUCAAUGAUGUUAAGUACUUAGAUAAACAUAAUAUAAGCAGACCCGACUUAUGUACAAAGUUAGGUGAUCUGUACUCGCACAUGAUAUUUGUUACUGGGUUUGUACAUAGUGAUCCUCAUCCUGGUAAUAUUCUAGUUAGAAAAGAUCCAAAGGAUAAAGAUGUUACUGUAUUUCUAUUAGAUCACGGUUUAUACGCACAACUUACAGGCAAGUUCCGAUAUCACUAUUCAAAGCUAUGGCUCUCAAUAAUUGCAAGAGAUAAAGAUCAAAUCCGAGAGCAUGCAGAGGCACUAGGAAUACAAAAAGAUUUGUAUGGAUUAUUUGCUUGUAUGGUGACUGGUAGACCAUGGGAUGUUAUCAUGAAAGGCAUAGAUAAGACUAAACUAUCAUCAGCUGAGAAAUCAACUUUCCAAAAUGAGUUACCAAACUUCCUGCACCAUGUUACCCAAUGUCUUGAACAUGUCGAUCGACAAGCAUUACUAGUACUGAAAACAAACGACCUUAUCCGUAGUAUAGAAUAUGCAUUGGGAAUGCAAGACAGAAUGUGUGGAUUUAUGGUUAUGACAAAGUGUUGUACUAAAAGUAUAUAUCAACACGAGUUUAAGAAUGCGACGUCACUGGUGAGAAAGCAGUUUCUCAACACGAAAUAUGUUUGGUCACUAUUUGUUCUGUACAUUUAUGGUAUAUAUUUAUCAUUAAGGACGAGAUUUAAUAUAUACAGCUAGAAUUCUGUUCUUAUUUUAAUUGUAUUAUGCAAAUUUGAGUCUGGCAUCAACCAAAAUAUUUAUUGAGCUUUAAGGGUAGUUAAUUUUAUAAUAAAAAUACUAAACAUACUUAGGAUUAUUCAUUCAAAGAUUAUUGUCUAGAUUAGUAAAGGUAUGUAUAGUACCCGGCGAUAAAUAUUGCACAUUGACCUUCGGAAAGAGACAAUCAUCUGUUUACCACUUGAUUGAGCGUUAUAGUCCAAGAUCCCACACUCCCAGACCUGUCUUUUUCUUAUAGACAAAACGUAUACUUAGUGUAUACAGUAAACGUAUACUCGUACAUACCUGCUACCCGAGGCCGAGGGCCAAUUUUGGAAUAUAAGCUGUUUUAUGUACGUAAAAAUGGUACAAACUUUAGUUAUUAUCAUUGUCAGAUGGCAAAAAAUGAGAAAGGUCGGAGGGUCUUGGGAUCCUACACUAAUAUAUCUACCACUCGAAAUAUUAACAGUCCGAUAUAUAUUAGUAGCUGUUAAGACAUGAUGAUUUUGCUUGUAUUGUAUUUGUAAAGAUGAUAUCGUAUGACUGACCCUAUAAAGGUCACCCUCUUUUUCGUAAAGAUUUCAUAAACAAAACUAAUUUAUUCUCUGGAUGCGUCUACGCUAUCGCACUUUAACAAUGAUCGACAAAAAGCCACGUUGGUAGUGUGUGCCUGUUACAAAGCUUUCCGAAGCUGAAAUUAGCAGAUUCUCUCUCUCUGAAGGUCAAUGUGCAAUAUUUAUCUCCGGGCCUUAUACGCACAUAUUUUUUGAGGGACUGUACCAAAUUAGAUAUUACUUUUUCUUCGUUAUUAUCAGAACAAUGUUUAUAUAUAUAAAAAAAUAGAUAUAUUCAUGAGAAAAAAAAUAGUGGUACAAUUUUACCAAAUGAUUUAAUGUAUGUCCAUAAGUUAUAAAAUGUAAUCAUAAAGUGAACGUCCUAGUCAGCUUCGGGUGAAUCUUACCUCAUCUAAUUUAUACCUACGCUGAAUAUUGUAUACUUGUACCAUAACAACGAGACGCAUUCGAUGGUGCUUUGAAUUUUAAAUCAUGUACAUAAUAUAGAUUAAUAAGUAAUAAUUAUUUCUUAUAAAUAUAUUUUUUACCGUGGUUUGUUGUAUAGCUUAAUUUAUUGUAAAAUUGUCUUAGCUCAGAAUAAAACGAUUUCAUUUUUC